AUGGAAUCUGCCGAUAUUGGUUUGCAAAACUGUGAUUUUACUCGGACAUUUUCUAGCCAGUCUUCUGCUCCUGCUGCUCCCAACACUCUUCAGGAUCUGGAUUCUCAGCCUAUCUGGCCUACUUUGAAAAAUCCCAUUCUUACCUCCGAGAUUAACAUGAAUGCCAUGAUUUUAGAUGCCGAGGACACUUCCAUAUGGUCAUCUUUGGCUAAUGAAUUUAAUGCUCGACUCCCACUCCGUCAUCUUUCCUGGCAAAAUCCUCUUAGAUCCAGCAGAAACAGUUCUUCGACAACUCAUAUUAUUCCUAGUCUGAAUCUGGAUGUCAAACCCUAUUCUCUAGACCUGUUCCCUAAAUUGGCUCCUGGUGGACUGCACCAAAAUUCACUCUUUGUGCACAUAUUUCUUGUUGGUUGCGAGGAUAUGGAAUACUAUAAAAAUAAUGUAAGAUCCAAGAUUCAAGAGUGGCUCAACAUUGUUAUGACCAAAAAAGGUCAAGAAUGGAUGAUUGUAUACAUUUCUGGCGGUGCUGUCAAGAGCAGAUCUGGUAUCUUUAACAUGGUAGGAUCAAACUCGGUUUUUGACAAAAUCCGUACCGAUUUCAGCUUGAAAAAAGACAGAUGCAUUCAACUUAAGCUCAGUAAUAAUGAUGCAAAAGAUUCUGAAUUUUGGUCAGACCUAUUUGACCGUAUCAAGGAAAGUCUUAUGAGUGCCAUGAUACAACAGAUUUCACAAUUAGAAGAAGAUACACGUCGUUUUGAGCAGCAACGUCUAAUGCCUGGAUGGAACUAUUGCCAAUAUUUUAUUCUCAAAGAAUCCAUUGCAUUUACUUACGAGCUUGCUAAAUUUUACGAAGAAGCGCUUUUACACUAUGACGAGUUGGAAGCAACAUUUCACCAAACCCUAAAUGAACAAGGGGCUCCUUGGUUCCAUAAAUUUGGAGGCGUAGAAACGGGUGACGACUACAUUGAUAUCUUUAGUUUGGAUCGAAAACCGUACCGUGACUUGAUUAUUCAAAACCAGAUCACUAUUUUUGACUUUCGCGAAUAUCUUUUUGGCCGUCAGUGUUGUUUGAUUUUACUACUCGAGUCGCCUGCUGAUGUAUGUCAAAGAACCAAAACUUUUGCCGUGACAUUUUCCAAAACGCUUACCGAUUACAAGGUUUCACUGCCUCGCAACUUUAAAGAGUCUUGGAUUUAUUCUUUGUGCAUGCAAACUGUUCGAAAAUGUGAUGCUGUUUUUAACGUGCUUACAAUGCCCGAAGCUAUAGCUCAAGUCUAUGAAAGCCUGCGUGCGGAACUUUUGCAAAUGUCCAAGUUUCAGCUGGAUCGUAUUGGAAUUCGCAUCAAGAUGUGUGAGAACCCGCUUUUUGUAGACAGCUUGGCAUUGACAGAUUCAACCCAAGCUACAUCUGCAGAGACUUGUUUUAUUUCAAAUCCGGAAUUACUUCUUGCAAUUUCAUCAAUAGAGAAUUUUGGCAAUUUAUAUCAGCAUAUUACCAAUCUUGCUGUUCAGGGGUUUACCGCCAGUGGACGGUUCCGUUCUGCUCUAGCACUACAAUCUGAUCUUGCAUUUUGGUACUUUUUUAGAAAAAACUAUGAGCAAGCAUCUGAAAUCUGGGAAAUAAUGGCAUUCAAACAUUCCGAAAGGGGGUGGCAUUUUAUUGAGAUCGUUAUCAUUGAAAGAUUAGCCAAGUGUUAUAGAGAGCUUGUUGAAUGUUGUCUGUAUCUUGUUGCACACUCCUCACUGACAGAUCAGCAGCAUGCAAACGAUUAUGUGGAUGACCUAGUCAGUGCUGCCGCAUCUAUGAAAGAUGUUUUAUCUCAUCCAGGAUUAGAAUUGUUUAAAGUUUUAAUUUUAUCAAGUUCAUCUGAACUUGAUGACGAUGGGGCGGUUUCUGUUGAAAUUAGUAUCGACAGUGUAUUAUCCAAGGAGUUUCACUUUUCACUAAUUUCAUUGACACUUGUUGCUGGAGACGGGAAGGAGAUGACAUGCAUUGGACAAGAUAUUAUGCUACAAUCUGGUAAAAAUAUAGUUCAUGUAGUAUGCAAGAAAUCGGCCAUACCUGGUGUAUAUAGCCCAUCUGUCAUGUCAAUGGAAAGUGGAAAGUUGCAUUUUCAUCACGAUCUUAGUCAUAAAGACCGCCAAAAAUCUAUUAGAAUCAACGAAACAUCGCAAUCUCUCACGAUGAAUGCUACAUUACCUCGAAAAAUUGUACAAGGAGAGCCAGAAACUAUAUUGUCGUUUGAGAUUCGAACUGGUGCUAAUAUACUCAAUGAUGCUCGCUUGACUAUCUCUGCUUUGUCAAACAUUGGCCUGACUAUUGAUGGAGCUGUGGUAUAUCACAUCGUAUCAUUUCCAGAUGCUGCUGAACGUGAGGUUUCAAUGGGUAUUGAAGAUGGAAAGCUUUGCCUUCCUGAUGUUAAGGAAUAUGAACAAAUCACAUUUCAGCUUCCAUUUAAGCUGAUUCAAGAUUCAAGAAGUGUAGAACACAAGCUCAAGAUGUUACUUAGUUGCACAUCUUUUUCUCAACGAAAAUUAUUUUCAUCAGUGGUUCGUGUUGCUCUUGUGCAUGAUUUUAUUAUCAACGAAUCACUGCUGUUUGAAAGCUACGACACGAUUGUACAGUUUGGGCUAAAAUGCAAGGAUGGAUCCCCACUCCGUAUUGUAUCAUUUGAUACGACUUGUGCCGAUGGAGCAGCUUUUGAGUCUCUGUGUCUAUUUCAUGAGCAGACUGUCUUUCCCGGAGCACUAGUUAAUUUGUUGUAUCGACUUAGUCCACAAAAGGAAGCUGUCAUGGCUAGCAAUGACACUAACCGAACACUUGAGCUCAAAAUUGGAUUUAUUCCGCUUCUUGAAGAUUGCUCUACAGCCACUAAUUUUUAUAUCAAAGAAUUGGAAUCAUUUGUUAUGGCUCGUAUCAAACACAUUCUCCAAAAACAAGAUUUGUCCAAGUAUACAACAUUUAUCACAGAGUAUGCUCGAAAGCAUCUUAUUUCUCAAAUCAGUCUAGUUGAAUACGCUGCAUUUCAAGUGGUCGACUUCAGUCCACUAGAUAUAAUCGAUUUUGAAGCCAUGAUUGUUGGCAGAGAUGCAAAUCUUCAAGCAAAACUAAAAAGUAUGAUUCGGAUACUAUGGGAUGAUGUGAAACUAGCUUCUAUGGACCGAGUUCGUAAAGAAUCGAAUCCGCAACCAUCUUUUCUUACUUAUAUUUCCAGGCAUAUGACACCGCAUCUCGUGCUGCAAGUGUCAUUGAUACCCACUGUACUUACCACUUUAGAGCCUAAUACCAUGAAUAGAAACAGAGCUGCUGUAAAGGAUACUGUGAUUGGUGAUAUGUUACCGUGCACAUUCACAGUGAUGCCCACUACUUGGAAUAUUCCAGUAAACACUGUCGAGGCAGAAUAUGAAAUUCAUGUCGACUUUUCCAUUUUUUCCAUGAGUGGAAAACGUCGCCAGCGUAUCACAAUAGAGAAGGGCAAACCAAGUGUGUAUCAAGUGGUACUAUGCCCACUACAUGUUGGCCAGGUUUUACUUCCUGAUGCAAGCGUAAAUGUCCUGAGUGGACCAGAUAGUGAAUCCAUCGAUCAGUACACUGCCGUUAUAAAUAUAAGUGCUGGUUCACAAAUUGCAAUUCUACCAUUAAGGCAAUCGGCAAAGAUUUUUCUAGAGCUGGAGUGCGGGGAUACAUCUACAUUGUUUCCAUCCCCUAAAUCAAUGAGAUGA